AUGAAGUGCAAGCUCCACCCGUACGCGAACGCGGUCGGCGUCUGCGCGCCCUGCCUCCGCGACCGCCUGCUCGUGCUCGCCGCCGAGCGCGACCGGGCGGGCGCCACCGCCGCCUGCAGCAGCAGCGGCGCCAGCAGCCAGGCCAGCUCGCCCACGCGCGGCCGCUCCGCGUCGCCGUACGCAGCGACCGCCGCCGCCCCGCAGCAGCAGCACCGGCGCUCCGACGCCUGCGCGUACGCCUCGUCCCGCCACGGCCACAGCCACCGGCCGGAGCUCCUCUUCUUCAGCACGCCGCAGGUAGGGCCCUCCACGCGCGCGGCGGACGACGAGCCCGGCGGGGGCGAGCGGAAGAAGUCCGCCCACCGGCGGCGCUCCUUCCUGGCGGCGCUCUUCGGGGCCGGCCGGCGCCGCGCGCGGCAGCAAGAGGUGUCGGCGGACGACCCUCCGCGGCGGUCCACCUCGUGGCUGUCGGCCAUAGUGCGGCGCAAGCGGAGGCCGGCGUCGUCGCUGCCGCGGCCGCUGGACGAGGAGCCCGGGUCGCCCGUGGGCAGCACCAGCAGCAGCUGGUGGUUCCCCUCGCCGUCCCCGGCCAGGCACCACCAGCACCAGCAGCACCGCCGCGGCCGGCCCGGCGGAUCGGCCGCCAGCGGGGACGGGAUCUCGGGCUUCGCGGUGUGCCUCAGCCCGCUCGUCCGCCCCAGCAGCGGCGGCCGCCGGCGCUGCCAGCCGUCGGACGCGUCGUCGCAGGGCGAGGCCCACCGGCGGCACAUGUCGGCAGGCGGCGCCACGUCGUUCGAUCGCAACACCUCCCGGAAGCUCGCCGACAUGGGCAGGUUCCGAUGA